AUGUUAGUCUCAUGGAACAUAAGGGGACUCAAUAAAGUAGGCAAAAAUCGUGAGAUUAGGUCCCGUCUCCAAGAGCUUAAGCCUGCUAUUAUUAUUUUAAUUGAACCUAGAGUUAAAGAAGCAAAAGCCAAGGCCAUUCGUGAGAAACUGAUGAUAUAUGAUAAGCACAUUGAUAACUAUAAAGGCCAUACUAAUGGUAGAAUUUGGAUUCACUGGGAUAGCAGCAGGGUGGAUGUGAGAUUCCUUCAAAGCAGCAGCCAAUAUAUACACUAUGGUGUCUAUGAUAACAUUGGAGGCUUCAAAUAUUGGUUAACUGCUAUAUAUGCUUACAACCAAAUCAACAAGAGAAGAAUCCUUUGGAAAGAGAUAGAACACAUGUCUGCCAACAUCCACGGUCCUUGGUGUGCUGUUGGAGAUUACAAUAAUGUAACCAAAGCCCAGGACAGAAUAAGAGGUAAUCUAGUGACUGAAAAGGAGUAUGAAGAUUUGCAACACAUGAUGGGAAAUACAUGGCUGAGUGAAAUGGAUAGCAUUGGUGACAAUUUCACAUGGUCCAACAAACAAGCAGCUGGACCAAUCUACUCUAGGAUUGACAGAAUUUUGGGUAAUACUGAUUGGUUUCUCAACAAUAUGGAGAAUAUGCUGGAAAUCCUCCCACCUAGUAUCUUUGAUCAUGCCAUGCUUUAUCUGGAGGAUAAACAUAUGCAGAGGAAACCUCCCAAACACUUCAUGUUUAGCAACUGCAUUAUUGAUUUGCCAGGCUAUGAGACUGUGAUAAAGAAGAACUGGGAUGCUCAUAUCAGGGGCAGCCCAAUGUAUGUUCUGUGGCAUAAACUCAGGAAACUGAAACAUGAUCUAAAACAGCUCAGUAAACCUCUGUCUGAUAUUAAGAACAAGCUGAUAGCAGCUAGGGAAAAGCUUAAAGAAACUCAAGGGAAGCUGAAUGAGGACAGAUUGAACAACACUCUGAUUGAGGAAACAAAAAAGCUGACAGAGGAAGUGAUUUCCAUGAAUGAUAUGGAAUGGAAAAUUCUUCAGCAAAGGGCGAAAAUUGACUGGAUUAAACAAGGAGAUGGAAACAACCAUUAUUUUUAUGCUGCUAUCAAAAGCAGAUAA